CGCAUGCGCUUGCCAGCAGACCAAGGAAAAGUAAACAUGGCGAAUCAAGGUGUUGAUCAGCUCUUCGACAUUCGAGCAGCAUUUCUUACGGGAAAUUAUCAACAGUGUAUCAAUGAUGCUCCCAAACUGAAUGUUGGUGCUGAGCUGAAGACCGACCGAGAUGUGUUGAUGUACAGAGCAUACAUAGCUCAGAGGAAGUAUGGAGUUGUUCUUGAUGAGGUCCGAUCUUCCAGUCCUCCAGAACUACAGGCUGUGCGAACUUUUGCUGAAUACCUGGCAAAUGAGUCCCGAAGGGAUGCCAUUGUGAAGGAGCUUGACUCUCAGAUGAGUGGGAAUGUUGAUCUCACCAACAACACAUUCCUAUUGAUGGCUGCGUCGGUGUAUUACCACGAACUGAACUAUGAUUCUGCUUUGAGAACUCUUCACCAGUCUGACAAUUUGGAAUGUAUGGCCUUGAUGGUUCAGACACUGCUCAAGAUUGACAGAGUGGAUCUAGCAAAGAAGGAGCUGAAGAGGAUGCAAGACGCAGAUGAGGACAACAUUGUGACCCAGCUGGCCCAGGCCUGGUUCAACUUGUCCGUGGGAGGGGACAAAUUCCAAGACGCCUACUACAUCUUCCAAGAGAUGGCAGACAAACACAGCAGCACCCCGCUACUGCUCAAUGGCCAGGCCGCCUGCUACCUGGCCCAGGGGCGCUAUGACGACGCCGAGUCCGUCCUGCAGGAGGCCAUGGACAAAGACAGCAACAACGCCGAGACCAUCAUCAACAUGAUCCUCCUCAGUCAACACCUAGGGAAAGCCCCGGAGGUCAGCAACAGGUACAUCUCCCAGCUGAAGGAUGCACACAGGAGCCAUCCGUUUGUCAAAGACUAUCUGCAAAAGGAGUCUGAGUUUGAGCGGAUAUCGAAGAACUAUGCACCAAGUGUCACUGCCUAGGGGACCUCAAGAUUCCGUCUUUCACCGUUGGAACUUGGGACAUUUUUACGGGAUCUUUCUUCACUUUCAACUACAUUGUGUUAUCAUGAUAUGUAUAUGUAAUAAAUAUGAUAUCUUGAAA